CCUGCCAAGUCGUGCAGGUGUUGGCACACGGUUGUUGCCAUCCACGUACCGAUACCGCGCCAGUUCCCCCGGGAUACGCGCUCGCGACUACGUAUCUGGAAGAUUCGUAACGCGGGAAUCGUCACACCCUUGGCUGAGAGGGUGCAGCGGGUGCCACGGCGGGCAAACGGGCGAGUGUUAAAAAGCCGUGUUACCAUAGGAGGGCUGCGAUUUAUGGAACCACCACCCCAUGGAUAGUAACAUGUCGACCGCCUUCAUGCACCGGUCCGGUGGUUCAUCCGGCGCGCCCGGUGCUAUCGUCCCAUCGGCCGGUGGUCCCGGCAAUCCCACGGGAGGCGGUAGAAUGGCCGUCAUAGGUGUCACCCGUAACGUGAGGCUCCGAAGGCGUGGAGCAUCGGGAUUCGGUUUUUCCCUGAGAGGCGGCAGAGAAUACGCAGCUGGAUUUUACGUGAGCGACGUGCAACCAGGAAGCGAGGCUCAUAGAAACGGAUUAAGGGUCGGCGAUCAGAUCAUUAGGGUGAACGGGUAUCCGGUGGAGGAUGCGGUCCACCAGGAAGUCGCGCUACUCGCGAAGAAUCAGCAAGUGCUCGUCCUCAAGAUACGAAGCGUGGGAAUGAUACCUGUGAAAGACAAUCCAAACGAUCCGGUCACCUGGCACAUGGUACAACAACAACAGCAACAGCUACAGUACAACGAAACUGGUUUGGGUGCUGUGCCGAGCACUGAAGUCAGAAUUCGAAUUCUUGUCGGAGAGAAGGGCCGUUUAGGUUGCGGAGUGUGCAGAGGCAUCGUACCCGGCCUCACCGUUCAGGGCACAAGAGACGACGGGCCAGCCAGAGCAGCAGGCUUGAAAGCAGGCGACGUGAUAAUUUGGUGCAACGGACAAAGACUAACCGAUCUUCCGUUCGAACGUGCCAUCGAGGUAAUGAGAAGUUCUGCCAUUCUGGACCUAAUAGUGCAGCGACCCACGCCAAAUCACCUUUACGACUGCCCGGAGCCACUGUGGACUCGUGGCUCGAGCGGUUACGACUCUGAAACCUCGAGCAUGGCCGCGGCAAGUCCACAGCCUCAACAAAAUUCUUCCUACUCGCCGCAGCAUCACCAGGACCCAAGAAUGCAUCCUCGGUAUCCUCGCGAUGACGUCUGCAACAGAAACGGAAGGAUCUGCUGCCCGCUUGCUUUGUCCACCAGCAGUUGCAGUUCCUCGGAGUGGCCCAACACUGAUCAGGGGCAAGAGUGGACACGAAAACCAAAUAACACCACCGUGAUUCGUAUAAAUCAGAACCAGAAUCAAAACCAUAGGUUUAUGGGAGGACCGGGUCGCCCGAAUUCGCGUGACGCUUACGAGGAUGACAUCGACAACGAGCCACUUUACGAUCCCGUGGCUCCUAGGAUCGAUUACGAGGUCCAUGAUUUUGAUGCCAAUCCACGUGACGAGGCUAAUCGUCGUUUGGCGUAUCGACGGGAUAAUAUCAGGCAGGAUGUCAUUUAUGAUGGACCUGCCGAUGAUAUUCCACCGUAUCACGCUCCCAAAGAAAAUGGCACGCAAGAAGGAGAAAGGAAAACGGUGACGACAGUGGAGGUUCAUCAAUCAGUGUGUCCACCUGCACCUCCGCCACCGCUUCCUUAUAAAUGGCCUGCAGAAACGAAGCCAAUGAACGCCAUGGGUAUGCAAAUGGGUAGUACGAUGUCGAUGGGUAGCACAGGCUCGACGGAAACCGAGUCGAGCCUGGAGUCGUCCUGCAGCAAAGAUUCAGCUUCGACGUCCUCGUCGCUGUCGACGUCCUCUUGCGAGCCUCCGUCGACGGUUUCUUACGGUUCGAUGACUGCCACCUCGACCGGGACCAAUAAAACCAACGACACAGCGACCACCGCACACCCGACGUCCCGCAAUUGCGCCACAAGGACAUCGCCGAUCGCCUGCACCGACCUAAGCACCGCCAUAACGCAAGAAUUGCAGAGGCGGGCGCAGCAGAGGAGCAUGAACAACGCUGCUAAGACGGAAGCCGCGAACAAGGAGAAGAAUAUGGAGCCACGGAAGCCGCAGAAUCCGGAAGCUUUGCGGGCGCAGGAACAGAAAGUCACGCAUGACAAGUUGAUGGAAGAAUUCAAGCGUGCUCACCGAAAGAUGUUCAACUCCACUCAGCAAAAAGUUCAUUUUUCAGAUCAGACACCGGAGCAGGAACAGGAGAAAAGGGUGUUAAACACAGCACCAGCAACAAUUCCCCCGGCACCACCCGCACCUCCAGCACCCCCAGCACCCCCAGCACCCCCGGCGCCUCCCGCUCCUCCCCUUCCGCUUCCUUCCAAAGCCAAAACCAACGAGGACUCCGUAGAGAUGCAAAGUAUCGAGUCCUUCAAAUUAAAAGAAGCGAACCCAGUGAUUCCGAAACCACCGCCAACCUAUUUCCCCAUCCAAAAUUCCGCGCCGACGUCGAACGGAAGUCCUCGACACACCGGAAGCAAGCCGCAGGUUAACGGAAAGGAAUCCACGAGUCCUGUAGAAAGUUCGAAGACAAUACCCGCACCUCCGAACCCACAGAACUUGAAACCUGCCGCUGGAAAAGUGGCUAUUAGAAUAGGAGCGUACGAAGGAGAGGCUAAACAACCCUCCAAGUUGGACUUCCUGUCGCAGCAGCGAUCGGAGAGGAACGGAAAUGACGAACUGGCGAACGGGCCAGUGGUCUCCAGGUUGCAGAACGAGCUCGCUGCCACGUUGCAGAGAUCGAAUCUAAGGAAAAAGACUGACGGGGAAACUCAACCAUCGAUCAAGCCGAUACCCGAGAACACCCCAAUGUCGAACAACGAAACAACGAACCCAGAGCCCGGAAAGCUGCCUCAAAGCAACGUCGAGAAGCUAGCAUCCGCUCUGAACAACAAAGUCACCAUAAAAGUGAAUCCAGAGAAUAAUAAUAAUCGAUAAGAAGUUAGCCGUCGUUUAAGUCGAACAUACCGAUUAGGAGUCCACCAUGUACCUCUGCCACUUUGUACAUUUUUGCACGUUCUUUGAACCUACAUCGAUUUUAUUCUAGAUGAAAGACCGCUCCCCCUAUUGGCGAGCUUCUUUUUUACGUCUUUUACCUGUACGUCUUUUUUUAUAUGUUAUUUAUUACCGUAUUAUAGCGAGUAAGGAGUUAAAAAAAAGGCUAAACACCCUUAAUUAACCGGGACAACGCACUACGAAACCUUUUACCACCGUAGAACACGUUGUCUUUAAAGCUUAGUCUCCUCCGUCGACGACUAUGUACGAGUCAUGCUCGAUGGAGGCAUCGAACUGAAAAAUAAACACGAUUGUAUGUAAUAAAGUUUGUUUGUUUUUUAUUGCAUAUUCCCUGUCAGUGUCAACUAUCGUCGUAGGUACUUGUAGCUCAAUAUUUAUAUUGUACUUGAAUUUGUAGUUUUAUAUUAUUACAUGCUGCAUAU